AUGACGACUCCCAACUUCGAACUCUACGGCUACUUCCGCUCCUCCUGCUCCGGCCGCCUGCGCAUCGCCUUCCACCUCAAAUCCAUCCCCUACACUCGCCACCCCGUCAACCUCCUCAAGGGCGAACAGCACUCCGACACCUACAAGUCCCUCAAUCCAACCAACACCGUGCCCCUCCUCGUCGUCUCCAACAUCAACAACACCGUCUCCCCAUCCUCCGCCUCCUUCUCCAUCGGCCAAUCCCUCGCCGCACUCGAAUACCUCGAAGAAGCCCUCCCCACCAACGCGCGCCCGCUCCUCCCGCCCCUCUCCGACCCCGUUGCCCGCGCCCACGUCCGCACCAUCUGCAACAUCAUCGCCUGCGACGUCCAGCCCGUCACAAACCUCAAGAUCCAGAAGAAAGUCAAGGCCUUGGACGGCGACCCGACUGUGUGGUCGCGCGAUCUCGCCACGCAGGGGUUCGGUGCGGUGGAGAAGUUGCUCGAGCUCAGUGCGGGGCGGUUCUGCGUCGGUGACGAGAUCACCUUGGCCGAUGUGUGUCUAGUUCCCGCCGUGUGGGCGGCGGAGCGAGUGGGGAUGGACCUGGCCCAGUUUCCUAUCACCAAGAGGGUGUUUGAAGAGAUGUUGAAGGAGGAAGCCGUGCAGAAGGCACAUUGGCAGAAGCAGGAGGAUACCCCAGAGGAUUUGAGGGCUUAA